AUGUCCUCGGGCCCAGAAAAAACGCCUGGGCACGAGUCUGGUGCGGCUCUCAUGGCAUAUGGACCAGAGGUGCUACACAACUACGUUGCAACGCGCUUUGAGGCGGCAUUAGGUCGUACGAUGCCACAGAUGGAAGUGCGCUUUGACAACUUGUCAAUUUCUGCCGAUGUAGUGGUCAUUGAAGAGGAUGAAAACAAGACGGAGUUACCAACAUUAUUAAACACAAUCAAGAAGAGUCUUGUCAAGCUGUCUGCCAAAAAGCAUGUUGUUCGAAAGGAAAUUCUACGCAAUGUUAGCGGUGUAUUCAAACCAGGUACUAUCACACUGGUAUUGGGCCAGCCUGGUUCUGGAAAAUCGUCGCUUAUGAAGAUACUUAGUGGACGCUUUCCACUUGAAAAAAAUGUAACAAUUGAGGGAGAGAUCACAUACAAUGGAGUGACUCAGAACGAGAUGAAGCGCCGUCUACCACAAUUUGUAGCGUAUGUGACCCAGCGUGACAAGCACUUUCCGACAUUGACGGUCAAGGAGACACUUGAUUACGCCCAUCGGUUCUGUGGCGGCGACAUGUCGAAACGUGCAAAAGAAAAGCUGUCUAAAGGUACCCCAGAGGCCAACAAAGCGGCUAUAGAAGCGGCACAAGCACUUUUCGCGCAUUAUCCCGAUGUUGUGAUUCAACAGCUUGGUCUAGAGAAUUGUCAAGAUACGAUCGUAGGCAAUGGCAUGAUGCGUGGUGUCUCUGGCGGUGAGCGUAAGCGUGUGACGACAGGUGAAAUGGAAUUUGGCAUGAAGUACGUGACUUUAAUGGAUGAAAUCAGUACAGGCCUUGACAGUGCAGCAACGUAUGACAUUAUCAAGACACAACGCAGCAUUGCCAAGAGACUUAAAAAAACGGUAAUUAUUGCAUUACUGCAACCCGCCCCCGAAGUGUUUGAAUUGUUUGAUGACGUGAUUAUUUUAAAUGAGGGAGAAAUUAUGUACCAUGGACCACGGGAACAGAUUGUGAGUCAUUUUGAAAGUUUAGGCUUCGAAUGUCCACCAGAGCGCGACAUUGCUGACUAUCUCUUGGAUCUCGGCACAAAUCAACAGUACAAAUAUGAAGUACCAUUACACUCCGAAAUUGCACACCACCCUCGGCUCGCAAGAGAGUUCGCCGAGCACUACCGUCGCUCGAGUAUCUACAACAACAUGUUGAAAGCACUUAAAGCUCCGUACGAUCCGAAAUUACUAGAAUACAAGAGCAUUGACAUUGAUCCAAUGCCCGAAUUCCAUCAAACAUUCUGGGAUAACACACUGACACUGAUGGAACGUCAGCAAAAGUUAACAAUGCGCAACACGGCGUUUCUUAAAGGUCGUGGCAUUAUGGUCGUUGUCAUGGGAUUAGUCAACGCUUCGACAUUCUGGAAAGUGGACCCAACGAACGUCCAAGUGCUGCUGGGUGUGCUCUUCCAGGCAGUACUGUUCCUGUCGCUGGGCCAGGCGUCGCAGAUCCCGACGUAUUUGACUGCACGGGAUAUCUUCUACAAACAUCGAAGUGCCAACUUCUAUCGAACAGCGUCGUAUGUCCUCUCAUACUCAGUGGCUCAAUUACCAAUGGCAUUCGCCGAGACAGUCGUGUUUGGUCCAAUUGUAUACUGGCUGUGUGGUUUCGUGGCUUCAGCGACCGCAUUUACUAUCUACCUGAUCAUGCUGUUUCUCACCAAUCUGGCAUUCGCUGCUUGGUUCUUCUUUAUUGCGUCGAUCUCGCCAGAUCUGCACAUUUCAAAGCCAGUUGCGAUGGUAACGAUUCUUUUCUUCGUUCUAUUCGCAGGAUUUAUCGUAGCCAAAAGCCAAAUGCCCGAUUGGCUCGUGUGGAUUUAUUGGAUUGACCCGAUCGCGUGGUGUCUGCGGGCCUUAGCCGUGAAUCAGUACCGCUCGCCAACAUUUGAGGUGUGUGUUUACAACGGAAUAGACUAUUGCACCGAAUUUGGUAUGUACAUGGGCGAGUACUAUCUGUCGACGUUCAACGUACCGUCAGCCAAGAUAUGGAUUACCUACGGUGUCAUCUUCAUGGUCGUGGCAUACGUGUUGUUCAUGUUUUUGGGCUGUUUAGUGCUCGAAACUAUCCGUUACGAGAGCCCGGAACAAACAACUUUGACCAAGAAGACAAACGACGAAAACGAGGCUGGCAGCUACGCUCUGCUCGCAACUCCAAAGAAAAGUACGGCAAAAGACGCUUUUACGGUCGAAGUAAAGGAGCGCGAGAUUAGUUUCACGCCGAUUACGGUAGCAUUCCAGGAUUUAUGGUACUCGGUUCCUAAUCCGAAGAACCCGAGCGAGAAUUUGGACCUGCUGAAGGGUGUUAGCGGCUAUGCGACGCCGGGCUCAAUGACAGCGCUUAUGGGAUCGUCUGGUGCCGGCAAAACCACAUUAAUGGAUGUGAUUGCUGGUAGAAAAACGGGUGGUACAAUCAAAGGAAAGAUCCUACUAAACGGGUACGAGGCAGACGACUUGGCUAUUCGACGAUGCACGGGUUAUUGCGAGCAGAUGGACAUUCACUCAGAAGCUUCGACAUUUCGCGAGGCAUUCACAUUUAGCGCGUUUCUACGCCAAGACAGCAGCGUGUCCGACAGCAAAAAGUACGACUCGGUAGACGAAGUACUGGAUUUAUUGGACAUGCGCGAUUUCGCAGACCAGAUUAUCCGUGGCAGCUCGGUGGAACAAAUGAAGCGUCUGACAAUAGGUGUUGAGCUGGCUGCGCAGCCCAGUGUGAUCUUUUUGGACGAACCUACGAGUGGAUUGGAUGCUCGUUCAGCCAAGCUAAUUAUGGACGGUGUUCGCAAAGUCGCGGACAGCGGGCGUACAAUAGUUUGCACGAUCCACCAACCCUCAACGGAGGUGUUUUACCUUUUCGAUAAGCUAUUACUAUUAAAGCGCGGCGGUGAGACGGUAUUCGUAGGAGAUUUGGGUAAAAAAUGCUCCAGACUUGUCAAUUAUUUUGAGUCAAUACCUGGAGUAGGUCCCCUUCCAAAUGGCUACAAUCCGGCGACGUGGAUGCUUGAGGUGAUUGGAGCUGGUGUGGGCCAUGCUGCCGGUACAACUGACUUUGUUCAGGUAUUUAAUCAGAGCGAAGAGAAGCGGAACCUGGAUGCAAGUCUAGCAGAGAAAGGUGUUACCAUCCCGUCAUCCCAUUUCCAAGAGUUGGUGUUCACCAAGAAGCGUGCCGCCAGCUCUGUAACGCAGGCACGGUUCCUCAUUAAACGCUUCAUGAACAUGUAUUGGCGCACACCAACGUACAACUUGACCCGUUUUAUCGUGACACUCUUAUUGGCGUUGGUGUUUGGCCUGAUGUUCCUGGAAUCUGAUUACACAAGCUACCAGGGCAUUAAUGGAGGUGUAGGUAUGGUAUUUAUGACGACGCUGUUCAAUGGUAUCGUGUCUUUCAAUAGCGUACUCCCUAUUUCGUGCGAAGAGCGUGAAUCAUUUUACCGAGAGCGUGCCGCACAGACUUACAACGCACUCUGGUAUUUUGUUGGCUCAACAUUGGUAGAAAUCCCGUAUGUCUUUGCAAAUGGCUUUCUCUUUACGUUUGUGUGGUAUUUCAUGGUUGGUUUUACCGGUCUCGGCUCGGCACUACUCUACUGGUUAAAUAUCUCGCUUCUGAUCUUGUUGCAAACGUAUAUGGGCCAGUUCCUGGCGUUCGCGUUACCAAGUGUUGAAGUCGCUGCUAUUAUUGGAGUAUUAAUGAAUUCGAUCUUUUUCCUCUUUAUGGGUUUUAACCCUCCUGCGAAUGCAAUUCCAAGCGGCUACAAAUGGCUGUACACCAUCACACCUCAACGUUAUCCGCUAGCCAUUCUUGGCUCAUUGGUAUUCGGACGAUGUGACGUAGAUCCGACGUGGAAUGAGAGCACGCAAGCGUAUGAGAACGUUGGGUCGCAGCUUGGAUGCCAGCCAAUCACGAAUUUACCAGUGUCGAUUGACCACAUGACGGUGAAAAGUUACGUCGGGUCUGUAUUUGGUAUGUACUAUUCAGACAUGUGGAAACAUUUUGGAUACGUUUUCAUCUUUAUCGCAGUAUUUCGCUUGUUUGCUCUCUUGUCUCUUCGUUUCCUUAACCACCAGAAGAGAUAA